AUGUCAAAGGGGAGGGUUAUCAUGAGAUUGGAAGGAAAAGUUGCGAUAGUCGCCGGUGCUGCUUGGGGCGGUAUCGGCGCGGCAACCGCUUACAAAUUUGCUUGCGAGGGUGCGAAAGUAGUUGUGAACACGCGCCGCCGAGAGGAAAAACUCGCUGAGACCGUCCAGCGCAUCCAAGAUGUCGGCGGAGAGGCUGUCGCUGUUAUGGGGGAUGUCGCCAAUGAGUCAACUUGGCAGACACUCGUCGAAACCGCUUUGUCAAACUACGGUAAAAUAACAACGCUUGUUCACAACGCGGCACACUCUUACACCAAAAAAGCAAUUGAAUUUACAAUGGAAGAAUGGAACGAAAGUCUCGGCGUGACACUCGGCGGACCGUGGCUCGGCGCAAAGUAUUGUAUCCCAGAAAUGAUUCACAACGGGGGCGGUGCUUUGGUCUUCAUCUCUACUGUUAAUGCCACGAUCACGAAUCCCGGAUUCGGGCUCUAUGGUGCUGGAAAAGGCGGUUUGAAUGCCUUGACACGCAGCAUUGCACUCGAUUACGGUCGGGAGGGUAUCCGUGCGAACGCUAUCGCCCCUGGACAGAUCGUCGGGGAACGCGGAGAAGCCUCUCUCGCUGAAGAUGCUCUGGAAGAACAAGCCUCACGUGAUUGCUACCCGAUUGGACGCUACGGGAAACCUGAAGAUAUCGCUAACGCCGCACUCUUCUUAGCAUCCGAUGAAGCGGAUUUCGUCACUGGCAUCGUGUUGACCGCAGAUGGCGGCUUGACGCUCCAAUCACCAGAAGCACUCGUACGCCCAUCCUUCCGGCUCCGCUGGAGAGAUGACAUUCUGGUACCACAAGCGAAAGAGGAUUCGUAG